UGUUACUUUGAAAUAGUUGGGUGGAAUACACGUGUGAACUGCAGUUCCUCUCUGCACUGCUCUGAAUGGUGAACUGGAGACAGGACAAGAGGGGGAGGACUGACCAGCAUGGAGCUCCACUCACCCAAAAAGAGCUGAAUAAACAGUACAACACAGCACUGCAGCAAAGACAAGAGCCACACUGUGAAACACAGACAAAAGGACGCAAGAAAGGCAGGUGUUUCGAGUGGAAUACAAGAGCAGUCAGAGAUCAGUGGUCAUUGGUCUCAGGAUGUCCAGGAGCAGCUCUGCAGGGGAUCUGGUGCCCAAAGACAUUACUGAGAUCUUAGCCCUGCAGCAGGCCAGUAAGAAGAAACAGGGUUCAUCCUUGGGCCGGGCUUUCAGCUGGUUGAAGGGCAGCAAACGCAAGAGGAGUCUCAGUAAUGGGCAUAGCAGGUCAGGAGGUCCAUGUGGACGUUCUGGAGAGAGCACUACAGCCAAACAGAUUCAUGCCAGUGGUGACUCAAAAGCAGGCCAAAAGCAGAAUGAGCAAGGAAAGCUGACUGUACACUACACAGCCUCCCAGCACUACCAGGAGAAUGUGUUCAUAGAGGGAAGCAGGCCACAGUACCUGGAAGACCUGCAUUCUGAGGCCCAGGAGGGACUGAAGAUACUACAGCAGGAGGAGAACAAAAAUGGAGUGGACUUUCAGGAUGACCCGACUGUGUCAGAGGAAAAUAAAAGCUCAAACGAAAGCGAUGAAUCUCUUGAGACUGAUAGUACUGCGGGACAUUCCGUCAUUUCAGUGUCAACUGUCUCAGCAGUCUCCUCACGUCCAGUACUUACAUGUCAAGGCUCCACAUUUAAGCCCUUGAACCCAGUUAAACGACUGGACAAGACCAAAAGGGGAAGUAGAAGAACAACUAUAAUGGGGAUACCACAACAAGUCCAAAGAGAACUGGAAAUGACAAGAGGAACUAUACUCCAGCAGCGUCCAAAUGGAGAACAUGAUGGUGAAGUUGAUUCCUGUGGCAGAGUUGUCCUCCCAACAAUUGAUGGAGAGCACCCCUCAGUAAAUCACAAAGGAGCUCGUGUACACCUGCAGAACAUUGAAGUUUUUCAUACAUCAAGAGAUGAGGAGCUUCUAAUAAACCACAUCCAUUCUGUCUACCAAGAUGAGUUAAACCGAAAGCUUGGGAUAGGAGCGUGCCCUACACAGAGACCAAGGUCACUUGCUGUGCCAGGGAUGACCACUUACUCUUUCCUGCAUGAGCCUCGAGGUCCCGUUAUGUCCAUUUCACCACAGGCAACUUAUUUAUCUAAGAUUAUUCCAAACGCAGUUCUGCCUGCUGCAAUAGACAUAAUUGAAAUUAAUCAUGAUCACAGCCAGUGCAGUACAAAUACAGUUAGCAAGAGUAGUUUAGCAUCAGCUAGUCCAGCUUCUUUACGAUCUGGAGGUGGCACAAAUCAAGAUCCAACUACCCCUAGCCCAAGCAGGAGCCAUUCACAAUCAUCUGAGACUACUGUCUCCAACUCCUCCACAAUCUCUUCAAAAGCAAAGUGUCUACCAACAUUUGAUGCCGACAUCACCAAAGAAAUUUCAGAUUUAAUCCCAAAAGACAUAAAUGUUACAAGCUCAAGUAGUUGUAAAAGCUUUAACAGUAACAGUACAAAUCACAGACUGGACCACAGUGAGAUCGGCGAAGCAGGGGUAAAUGUCAGAAACAGCCAUUCAUUCUAUCGUAAUCUCUCUGUAAUGAAGACAAAAUUACCCCCAGCACCACCUCAGAGAACCUAUUCCUUGCAUCAUGAAAAACUUAAGUGGAGAUCAAGGGAACUGGUAGACAUAAAAGAUCUCAAACAUAUGUCACCAAAUGAUGGGCAAACUGGUAGAGAUCUUAGCAGUGCAAAAGACCAUCAGUCAAUCAGUAAUGAGCAGAGUUCUGCCCAUUCUUCAGUGCUCAACUCAUUAAGAGACUUCCAGUCAGGUAACUCAUCCCCACAGAAAACUGGAGAAGAAUCUGGUGAAAACAAAUUCGAUAGAACUUUGUCUCCCUCGAGUGGAUACUCAAGCCAAAGUGGGACACCUACGCAUUCCCCUAAAGAGGUCAGUCCCUCCUCACCUGGAAAGAGAAGAGUAAAGACUUCACAGCCUGAGAGAACAAGUGUACAGAGCUCGCCGGUGGUUUCAGUCUCUUCAUCAAUGACAUCUCUAUCUUCAGUCACAUCAGACACGGCACAUCAUGACAUUCAAACCAACACCACCCCAUCAGAGCCAUUAAAGUGCUCCCCACCUGUUACAACAGUGAAAAACAAGGUGACACCAACACACCCAACUAUUGCCAUUAGGGAACUGUUCAACGUUCCCCCUCCACCCAAGGUAAAAGCCCCAUCUCACCCACCCCCUGAAACCUGGAUUCACAAUAAACGCACACUUGAACUAUUAUGUGGCCCAGAUCCAAAUCACCAUAGGUUACAUCAGCUUCAAAAACAGCAAAAAGGGUCAUUAACAGGUAAAAAACAAAACACAAAUUCAAUACACAUCACUGAACAAAUUAUACCAAAGAUACAGACAACAGGAAAAGUACAGUCAGGGACCCAACUGGAGAACAAAGAAGCUGUAAAAGAACGAAAUGAGUCCAUGUCACCACAAGUGUGUGAACAAAUGCUAGUAGACCCUCCAGAUUUGAGGCAAAACAAAAGCUCAACAUUACACAAUGAAUUAAAUGAACUAGAAAGUACAAAAUUCCUUAAGGAGGUCAACCAGAACAUUCAUACACAAGAUCAGAGAACUGUAGAGGAUCAAAAGGAAAAAGGAAGCCAAAAACUCCCUACAAAGAAGGUACCAACUAUCAAAGUUGAUCAAAGUAUGCUGGCACAAACAAACUGUGAAGUCAAACCAGAUCCUGAAAUUGUGAACACAGCAUGCAGCCUAAAGAAUGAUCAAACCAGUGAGAACAAAGGAAACUGCAUUAAGGACAUUCUCAAUCACAAACAAUUGCAAACUCUCUGUAUAGAAGUACCUGAGGCCAAUGGCAUUUCUCCUCCUCCUUCUCCACCUCCAGAACACCACCCUCCACCACCACCAACUAAAAAGAUGUCAGGCUCCUCAGUAUCUAUACCACCAUCUGAUGAAGAUGAACAGAAACAAGAAACAGAGGAACAGGUGACUCUCCUGGAGUCUACUUGGCCUCCACCACCUCCACCAGAGGAAGAGUCAACUGACUUGAUGUUUGAGGAACAAGAUGAACUUAACUUCCCACCACCACCUCCCUCGUUUAUCCACGAGCCCCUUUCAGAGAUAUCCAUCAAUUGCCAUGACGAAUCAUGUGAACAGUCUGACAAUAUAGAACUGAGGUCAUCUAAUGCCUCUGAUAUGGCCAGCAGUUCAGACCAAGAUUCCGAAAUACAUGCCAUUCUGCCAACAGUAACUGUACAAAAUGAUUUGGAGGACAGGCAACAAGAUAAGCCUUGUAACAACAUGUCACACUUCUCUGUGGACAAAGAUGGCAUGGAAAACACAACUGUAGCCCCUCCUAGAAUGUCCUCUCUUUUACCAGAUGAACUUGUACAAGGGAAGGAAAUGGCAGUACAUGAUUCAUCAGAGCAAACAUCACUUGACACUGAAGCAGAUUCCACUAACGUGCUACUUGCAACUCCUCUUCCAGUGGAAGACCAAUCCACUGUUAACUUCCGAAGGCACCAGUGCCUCAUAAACAAAGACAACCGGAGCAAAGAACUGCUGUGUCAUCACAAAAGCACACCUAUUCCAAAGGAGGAUGCCAACAUUCCCCUCGUCACACCUUACUUACUUCAGAUGGUGCGACUAAGAUCUGUAAUUGUAGAUGAAGAUCAAGCUAAAAAUGAUAGCAAACCAAGUGUUGAGUCCACAACAACUGAGGAUCACAGUAUUACUAGUCAAGCAACUCCACAAAAGCCUAUUCGCAAAUCCUUGACCUUGAAGUCUAACUCACCUGCUAAGUCAACUCCUGCUCCAACCACAGUCCCAUCCAUGUGUCUUCAAGAGGCCAUACGUAUGAAGACAGCUGCAAUGUCCUCUAGUGGAGUACCUGCAAUGCUUAACCUACGCUUAACCUCAACUAGUGAUACUGGUCCACCUGUGCCAUCCCCUAAAUCACCAGAUGGCUGUGACUUGCAUAUGUCCCCUGCAUCUACAGCCAGCUUUAUCUUCUCCAAAAGCACAAAGAAAGUUGUCAUUGAAACACCCACUUCUCCAGAGGUCCAAGCAAGCCUCAGACAAAGUCUUGCAGCUGAGAUAAUACAGAUUUCCGACCAAGCCAAGACAAAUGGGACAAAAAAGCCAAUUAAGGUGCCGCCACCUGUUGCUAAGAAACCAGUGCAUGGAACAAAUACUCCCAACUGGACGGAUAAUGCAACACUGGAUAAGACUGGGAUCUUGACAAAUAAACAAAUAAUGAAGGUCGAAGUUAAUGGGCAAAAUGAUCAAGUGCAUCCUGCUGGUCAGUAAGCACAAUCAUCAGGAAACCAAAAGCAAGCAAGAAGUACAGAGACUGCAUGUUGAAGAGUCAGGACACAUGAGUCGAGUUUUGAUUGGACUGUUUAGUCACAGUAUGGCAAAGACAAGAGGACAAAGCAAGUGAUGAAAGCCCAAGAUGGAUCCUGUUCAAGGAUCCAUGGAUACUUAAAAAUACCAUGGAUACUUAAAAGCCUUAGCCUAG